AUGUCUUCUGGAAAUAAACAACGAGCGCCUUCUGUGCUGGUCACCGACUCGAGAGCCCGCGAGAGAAUCAACCAGCGACGCAUACCGCAGCGUCCCGAUGCCCUGUCCCGUUCUCCCGGGCGGGUGCCGAUGCGAUUCAUGACCGUCGAUAACGUCCUACAGUUCAGCUCACAAAUCCCCUCCGGCCAGCCCCGAGGGCCUCCCGCGCCCUCCGCCGGCCUGCACGGCGCCGGGCCCGUCCACCCGCGCCGGGUCGUCUCCGGAGGCCUCCCCAACGUGCACUCGCGCGCGGGCCAGCCCAUGCCCUCGCGCACGACCAAGAUCAGCGAGAAGCUCGUGCUGCUGCCCGAGACCGCCGACGACAAGGAGGACGCCGAGGACGAGAUCGAGAGCGACUCCGUGCUCGCGCGGCGCUUCCAGGCCGACGACGACCGCCCGCUGCGCGACGAGGAGCUCGACGUGCUGCGCAAGCGCGGCGGCAUCCGCGGCAAGAGCUACGCCGAGCGGCUGCCCAAGAAGCAGCGCAAGGACAAGGUCAGCCGGCUGACGGCCUACUGCACCGCGCAGGCGUUCAAGAUCAAGGCGACGGCCGAGUUCCUCAAGGAGAAGCACGAGGCCAAGACCAAGCUAUACGACGACUGCCUGUACGUCAUCUACGCGCUGCCACUGAUGAACGGCACCGACGGCUACCGCGUCCGCGGCCGGCCCAUACUCAAGACGCCCGGCACCGGCAAGACCGUGCUGGACCUGGAGAUUGAGCGCACCGAGCAGCGCGGUCACCACGAGGGCUACUUUGAGGACGACGCCUACACCAUGCCCGAGAGCCCCGAGCAGCCCAGCCACGUACGCCCCGGCACGCACGAGGUGUCGCCCGACGAGGCCGCCCGCCGCCAACAGGGCUUCCACCCGCCCGGCGACGACGACGGGGCCGCGUCGCCGAUGGGUCGGCUGGCCGGGGGUCCGGCGCACGCCAAGAACUUUGCCGAGAUGUUCGUCUUCUCGUAUGGCGUCGUCGUCUUCUGGAACUUCACCGAGUACCAGGAAAAGGAUAUCCUUGCGGACCUCACAUUCGCCGAUGCUGAGGACGGCGUCAGCCUGCUCACGCGCCCGCUCGAGCAGCACGACUUCGAGACGGAGGAGUUUCACUUUGAGUACAGCGAGGAGGUCAAGCGCCCGCGCAUCUUCAACGACAUGAUCACGCUCAUGCCACGCUCCGACCACAUGAUCAAGCUGACCAUCAGCCACGCCAUCGCGCAGAGCACCAAGCUGUGCCUGUUCGAGGAGCGCCUCGGCGAGACCAUGCUCGACGCCCAGGACGUGCCCAAGACACUGGCGCUGACGGGCGAGCUCAACAUGACGAGGACCGAGAUUGUCAAGAUUCUCGGCCGGCUGUUCAAAAGCCGUGUCGAUAUUAACCUUUCAUCCAACAUCCUCGACGUGCCCAACUUCUUCUGGGACUCGGAGCCGACGCUCCACCCGCUCUAUGCCGCCAUCCGCGAGUACCUCGAGAUCGACCCGCGCAUCAAGGUGCUCAACGAGCGCUGUCGCGUCUUCCUCGACCUCGCCGAGAUCCUCUCCGACUCGGUCAAUGACGCCAAGAUGAGCGCCAUCACCUGGAUCGUCAUCGUCCUCAUCCUCGUGAGCAUCCUCGUCACCGUCACCGAGGUCGGCCUGCGCUUCGCCAUGCUCGAGCGCAGCAAGCAGGCGGACAACGCCGGCGCCGUGGGCGUGCUGCUGCCCCCCGCUCCACCGCAGCUGCGCAUCGGCCCGCCCGGUCAUCAACAGCAGCAGCAGCAGCAGCAGCAGCAGCAGGUGGUCGGCCCGCUGGAGGAGCUGGCGCGCACGCUCGGCCUGGAAGCCAACGCCACGCUUGACGAUGUCAAGGGCAGCAUACGCACGCUGCAGGACGGAGCAGCAGCGGCGGCGGCGCCGGCAAGGGUGCCGGAGAUGCCCGCGCCGGGCGGCAUCAACGUCGACGAGCUCAAGUGA